CACCAUUACACCAUCAAAAGUCAGAAUCUCAAAUAGAAAGGUGCACACGGAAGAAUCGUCUUAACUUUCUCUUCAUUUCUUGUUCAUCGAUCUUAUCUAUAGCUAAGUUACAAACAUAUAAUAUAUGUAUAUGUAUAUACAUAUAUUAUAUAAAUAUAUAUAUUUAUACAGAAAUAUUUCUUUGUCCUAAUAAAGCUUGCUCAAUCACUGCAAUCCCAAAGCCCCAAUCCCAAAAUAACUAACCUGGCCAUGUUUCAGUUUAUCCGUUAUUACAACUCUGCCCUCUUCUUUCUCUUCCUUUUCCUUUCCCUCCCUUCCUUUCCCGCCAGAACCCUAACUGACCCGUCAACUGAAUUAACCGUCGUUACCCAAAACAACACGUGGCACGAUUUCACGAGGUUCCUCGAUGCCGGGAAGGGCAGCCACGUCGCCGGCAUGUCGGAGCUCAAGAAGUACUUCGAACGUUUCGGGUACCUCGUAAUCCCCGAAACAAACUUCACCGACGUGUUCGAUGGUGAAUUAGAAUCGGCUGUCAUCGCGUACCAGAAGAAACUAGGCCUGACCGUGACAGGAAGGCUCGACUCCGAUACCAUGUUAACCAUCAUGUCGCCCAGGUGCGGUGUCUCCGACGCCGCACAUGUGUUACACACGAAGCGUCACUACGCCUUCUUUUAUGGUCAACCGAGGUGGUACCGAUCAUCGCAGUUGACUUACGCCUUCUCGCCGGUGAACACCAUCGAUUACAUAAGCUCAUCGGAUAUAAGGACGGUUUUUGACCGGGCUUUUACGAGGUGGUCCAGGGUUAUUCCGAUGAACUUCACGGAGGCCGAGGAGUACGAGUCGGCCGACAUCAAGAUAGGGUUUUACCACGGCGAUCACGGCGACGGAGAGCCGUUUGAUGGGGUGCUCGGAGUGCUUGCACAUGCUUUUUCACCACAGAAUGGGAGGUUCCACCUUGAUGCAGCUGAAACGUGGGCCGUAGAUUUUGGGUCAAGUAAGUCAAAGGUGGCCGUUGAUUUGGAAUCAGUGGCGACCCAUGAGAUUGGGCACAUACUUGGGUUGGCUCACACCUCGGUUAAGGAGGCCAUCAUGUACCCGAGUCUGAGUCCGAGGACCAAAAAGGUGGAUCUAAAGCUUGAUGACGUGGAAGGGGUCCAGCUCCUGUAUGGGUCAAACCCGGAUUUCAAGUAUAGUUCUUUGUUGGAGUCUGAGACCUCUUCAAGUUGGGCCCUUGGAUUGGAAAAAAGACCAUCCAAGUGGGCCCUUGAUUUGGCAGUGGCGGUAUUGAUAUUGUGUUUGUGUUUAUGACCAACAUUUUUUUUUGGUCCCCACAAUUAUUAAAAGUAGUCACACUCAAAAGGAAAUAUAAAAUUCUUUUCAUACCAUUUAGAUUCAGAAAGUGUUUCUGCAUUUUUCAUUUACUUUUAGUUCCAAUUUUUUUUAUUUUGGGUAUUUGAUCAUUCCAGUUUUUGUUCUUUAGUGGUUGAAUUGAUAGCACUAAAAUUAUUGAAAGGGGUCACUGCUUUUUUGGCUACUCAAUAAAUAGCUGUAUUUAUUUAUUGAGAAAAA